AUGUGGGACGAAUGUCGCUUUGACAUCUCGCAUUGUGGCGAGAUGGUGCCCAACAGCUUUUGUUGGAACCUCAGCAUUGUUCACAAAGGCGAAGUGAGAUGCCGAGCGCCUUAUGUGGGAGACUCCACCUAUGCCAGGUGUGCCACCUUCAACACAGAUCCAAACACACCAGUGGAAUGGACGCCACCUACUUGUGUCAUGGUUUGCCCAGUUCCUCAGCCUAUCCCUGAUGGCUACGUGCUGACCGGCGACCAGUGGACUUGUGCCACUGGGUACAUCGGACGUGCUCGCACCAGGUGUCAACUGGGCAAUGGGACCUGUGACGCCGUGCAGGUGCUGAGCGGUUGUGAUCGACUGGAGCCCUGCAUUCGACCACCUGAGGCCGAAAGUGCUUAA